AAUAACUAAUACCAAAAUGUAUUCAUCCCACCGGUUACUUUCGCUGAUGGUGUUUGCUCUUCUCAUCAUCAUUCCUAUGAUUACUGGACAAGUAGUUAAAUACGUUGAUCUGGACCGAUGUAAGUUGGGAUGUAAAAGCACACCAGAGUGCAAUCAAAAAUGUAAGCUUAAAGGCGGAGGGCGUUGUCGACGAUAUAUUAGCUAUAUACACUCAGGUCUCGAAGAUUAUUGUUGCUGCAAUAUUUUUUUUAAUUCCCCCAUGGCCCCAUCUCUGGUCCGAUCAUGAAUGACUGAUCUCUUAUUUUAUGUGUACUCUCGAUCGAUUGUAAGAAU